CCCUCAGGGGCCGGAGAGAGGGCUGCGCCGUAGAGAGAGAGAGCAGACUGCGGGCCGACUGGGCUUGCAAGGGCACACCGGGUGCUCUUCCGCCUCAUCUGACUGCGCCAGCAUCCGCAGAGAGAGAGGGAACCCCAUCCGGGACGCGGCGACAUCACUAACUUCUCAGGGCCAGAGGGCCAGGCUGCCCCGGAACGGCCCUCGGCCGCCUCCUCGCGCUCACUCCUCCUUCGCUCUCUCGCUCGCUCUCUCUCCUGCUCGCUCGCUCGGGCCCCAGCCCCCCGCCCUUCGCUCGCUCGCCGCCCGCGGCUCCUCCUCACUCGUCCGUCGCCCGCGCCCGGUGCAGCUCGGCCAGAACCACCGCGGGCUGCGCGUCCGCCAGGAGCCGCUCGCCCCUACCCUACUGCGCGGAUCCCUCUGCCCGGAUCCUCCCGCACGGAUUCCUCAGUCUGGACCUCGCUCUGGGACCCGGCUGCUCCGAGCCGGAGCCGUUUGCCCAGACCCCUCCCUCUCCCUGGACCGCACUGGCCGAAUCUGCCUGCCGGGAUCCUUCUGCCUAGACCCCGCCACACGGAUCUCUGCUCGGAUCCCAGCUCCGCAGCCACGAUGCCCGUGGCACGGCCGCACGCCGCGGGACCCGACAGGAUCUCUCUGCUUCUGGUUGCCUUGCUCUUGGGGAGCCCCGCGGAAGCUCAGGUGGAAGAUGUUGGUUCAGAGGGAGACAUGCACCCUUCCACGGCCUACCUCCUGCCCUCUGCCUCGCUGGAGAGCCUCCUGGAAGAGGGUGUGACAUCAGCAGCCCCAGGUCCCCUGCCUUCCCAGGAAGCUCUGGAAGGGUCAUUGCCCCCAGCUCUCCUUGAAGAGUCCACCCGCAUCCAGCAUACCCCAGCCCUCAGGAAGGGCCUGCCGUCCCUGAAGCAGCUCAACUCGGCCCGGAGGCAACUGAGGCCCCUGGCUACCCCGACCACUCUGCAGAGACUGGGGUCCCCGGCUUUGGCGGCCUCAGGGGCCUCAGCCGCCACCAAGUCACAUGCUCCCGAGGACCCCGAGGAGCCCACAGCGCCUGCACCGUUGCAGAUAGCACCCUUCACCCCACUGGCGACUACACUCCCGCACAGCCCGCAGCCCGCAGAGGCCCCCGACGAUGACACCAGCCCGGGUAGCUCACUGGACAAGGGUGACAAUGAGCUGACCGGGUCUGCCUCCGAGGAGAGCCAGGAGACCACCACGUCCACCAUCAUCACCACCACUAUCAUCACCACGGAGCAGGCCCCAGCUCUCUGCAGCGUGAGCUUCUCUGACCCAGAGGGAUACAUCGACUCCAGCGAUUUCCCACCACAGCCUGUCAGCAACUUCCUGGAGUGCACCUACAACGUGACGGUCUACACUGGCUACGGAGUGGAACUGCAGGUGAAGAGUGUCAACCUAUCAGAGGCGGAGCUGCUCUCUAUCCGAGGGGUGGAUGGUCCCAGCCUGACAGUCCUGGCCAAUCAGACUCUCCUGGUGGAGGGCCAGGUCAUUCGCAGCCCCACCAACACCAUCUCUGUGUACUUCCGGACCUUCCAGGAUGAUGGCCUAGGGACCUUCCAGCUGCACUACCAGGCUUUCAUGCUGAGCUGCAGCUUUCCCCGCCGGCCCGACGCUGGGGACGUCACAGUGAUGGAUCUGCACGCGGGUGGGGUGGCCCACUUCCACUGCCACCUGGGCUACGAGCUGCAGGGAGCCAAGACUCUGACCUGCAUCAAUGCCUCCAAACCCCACUGGAGCAGCCAGGAGCCCGUCUGCUCAGCCCCGUGUGGAGGAGCGGUGCACAAUGCCACCAUCGGCCGAGUUCUCUCCCCCAGUUACCCUGGAAACGCCAAUGGCAGCCAGCUCUGCGUGUGGACCAUCGAGGCUCCCGAGGGUCAGAAGCUUCACCUGCAUCUUGAAAGGCUGCUGCUUCAUGAGAAGGACAGGAUGAUUGUCUACAGUGGACGAACAAACACGUCGGCCCUCCUGUACGACUCACUCCGAACAGAGAGCGUGCCCUUUGAGGGCCUGCUGAGUGACGGCAGCAGCAUCCGCAUCGAGUUUACCUCCGACCAGGGCCGGGCAGCCUCUGCCUUCAACAUCCGCUUCGAGGCCUUUGAAAAAGGUCAUUGUUAUGAACCCUACAUCCAAAAUGGGAACUUCACCACAUCGGACCCCACCUAUAACAUCGGCACCAUUGUGGAGUUCACCUGUGACCCCGGCCACUCUCUGGAGCAGGGCCCAGCCGUCAUUGAGUGUGUCAAUGUGCGUGACCCAUACUGGAACGACACGGAGCCUCUGUGCAGAGCCAUGUGCGGCGGGGAGCUCUCCGCCGUGGCUGGGGUGGUGCUGUCUCCAAACUGGCCAGAGCCCUAUGCAGAAGGCGAGGACUGCGUGUGGAAGAUCCAUGUCGGAGAGGAGAAGCGGAUCUUCUUGGACAUUCAGUUCCUGAACCUGAGCAACAGCGAUAUCCUGACCAUCUAUGAUGGGGAUGAGGUUGUGCCCCACGUCCUGGGCCAGUACUUUGGCAACAGCAGUCCUCAGAAGCUGUACUCCUCCACACCGGACCUCACCAUUCAGUUCCACUCGGACCCUGCCGGCCUCAUCUUUGGCAAGGGCCAGGGAUUUAUCAUGAACUAUAUAGAGGUGUCACGGAACGACUCCUGCUCAGACUUGCCUGAAAUCCAGAACGGCUGGAAAACCACUUCCCACACGGAACUAGUCAGGGGAGCCCGGAUCACAUACCAAUGCGACCCCGGCUAUGACAUCGUGGGGAGUGACACUCUCACCUGCCAAUGGGACCUGAGUUGGAGCAGUGACCCCCCAUUUUGUGAAAAAAUUAUGUACUGCACCGACCCCGGGGAGGUGGAGCACUCCACCCGCCUCAUCUCGGACCCUGUGCUGCUGGUGGGCACCACCAUCCAGUAUACCUGCAGCCCCGGCUUCGUGCUGGAAGGGAGCUCGCUCCUCACCUGCUACAGCCGCGAGACGGGGACUCCCAUCUGGACGUCGCGCCUGCCCCACUGUGUCUCUGAGGAGUCCCUGGCCUGUGACAACCCGGGGCUGCCUGAGAACGGGUACCAGAUCCUGUACAAGAGGCUGUACCUGCCUGGAGAGUCCCUCACCUUCAUGUGCUACGAGGGCUUCGAGCUCACGGGCGAGGUCACCAUCCGCUGCAUCCUGGGACAGCCGUCCCAUUGGAGCGGGCCCCUGCCCAUCUGUAAAGUUAAUCAAGACAGUUUCGAGCACGCGUUAGAAGUAGCAGAAGCGGCAGCAGAGUCCUCACUGGAAGGUGGGAACAUGGCACUGGCCAUCUUCAUCCCGGUCCUUCUCAUCUCCUUGCUGCUGGGAGGAGCCUACAUCUACGUCACGAGGUGCCGACAAUACUCCAGCCUCCGCCUGCCCCUCAUGUACUCCCACCCCUACAGCCAGAUCACCGUGGAAACUGAGUUUGACAACCCCAUCUACGAGACGGGGGAAACGAGAGAGUACGAAGUCUCCAUCUAACAGGAGCUGCCCUGGAAAGGGGGACGUUAGAGACGGACAUGCAGACGUGAACUGUCAGGACCUCCUCACACAUCCAUCAGAGACCUCGUGUGGCAUUGGGCUGCAGCCCCGCGUGGCUGCCAUCUUUCCUCUACACUUUCCACUCAAAGAUUCACUGUUUCUUUGCUGUACUUACUAUAUUUGAAGUUGAAGGCAUUGAGAUUCGGUGAGUUCGGAACCUAGUGGCUGCAGCCAAAGUCACAUGACAGCCUCCAUUCCCAAGGCAAGCUGAACAGCAAACAGCGGCAGGUAAAGACACAGUGGCGGACAGGUCAAGUUGGAUCAGCGGUGCCACGCUUGGGCCCAGCACCCUGCAUGGUCUUCAGCAACACACCACAGUGUACUCAGAACAGACGGGAGCCCUGGGUUAUCAUGGUGUCCCUUGCAGGGCUGCCUUGCAGUGGAAUUCAGCCUGAGUACUUAAGGCCUGGUUAUUCCCCCCCAAAAACAAAUCUCUGUCCUCUUUUCCAAUUUUAAAAGCUUCCGAAAGGGCUUAGCUCACUUUCUCCCUCCCACGCCCUUCUGAAGUCAGCAGAGAUUUUCUAAACGUUCCCUAGGAUCAAGGCAUGCUCUGAAAGAGGAGGAAACAGCGCCUUUCUGAAAGCCCAAAGGACUGUCAAGGGUGAGGCGCAGGGGUCCUGGGGAAGGGAACCUCAGAAAGGGAUGGAUACCGGGUAAGUUGCCUAUUGGGACCUACCAUAGCUGGGCAUGGUCGUCCUGAGUGGUGAGGGUCAUAAAUCCAUGGGAAGAGUCACGAGGUCUGCUGGGGAGAAAGGGGUAUCCUGACCUGAAAGCCAGGGAUCAGCUCUGAUUCUCCCCUGGGGUUCUAGACUGUCCUGGUCUUUGACAUAGCCAGGAAAGGCAGUCCAUCCGAGUCCAACUCUCCUUGCUCUCACACGCCCCUCAGCAGGGAAGGUGCUGAGAAAGAGGGCCCUCCCUGAGGCUCUGAGUGUCAUCGGGGCCCAAGCAGAGGCCCCGUGGGCAGAGCAGAAUGGAAACCACAGGAUGCUAAGGCUCAAGGUCUAGCCUGAACCUCCGUAAAAACAAAAUGUUUCCAAACAGUCAACCCUCCCAGCCUUCCGCUACCACUUCAUCAGGGUUCUUCGAUGGGCCGUGGCUCUCCAGAAGGCUACUUUCUAAGUGCAAUCAUGAGGAAGGUGCCAAGGCUAGGUGCUGGAGGAAACAGUGGGUAUGAGGGGUGUGAUCACUUGAGGGCCAUGUGGUGACAGGGGACUCUCAGCAGCUCAGGCAUUGGGGCACUUCAACAUGAGGACUUUGUUUUGUGUUCUCCCAUGGUUGUGUUAAACCCCUGGGUUUCAAAGGAGAGAAAUCUCUUUCUGCCUUCUGGGGACAGGGAGAGCCCGUCCUCUCAGCCCUCAUCCUGGCUAGGAUGGAUUUCUCUUCCUUCAGAAAAGUCCCCUGCAUGCAUGUGCCUGAGCACUGUGGCCAGGGUCAUUUCUGGUCACCCAGCCCAUCCACCCACAGAGGAACCAGAGGAGAAACCGAACAGGCUGUGGGGAGCAGGAGACCCUUGGGGAAAGACCAAACUACAAAAUAAUGUGGCCUUUUCUCCAGACGUAGAAGAACCUACUUAAGAUGCUCCCAACCCUGGCCCUGGGCCACCUGCAAACUGUCCAUGCCAUUUGGUCUUUGUCCAUGCUAUGCCCCCGUGAAAGCUAAGCGCCUGCCCUCCACAGCGGCUGAUGUGUGUGGCCCUUCUAACCCUGUUCCUUAAAGCUGGCCAGGUCAUGCCUUGGCUACCAGUGGUGGGGGCGGGGGGGUUAAAAUGUUGAUUUUUUUUUUUUUUAAACAGGAGACCAAUGUCUCGGUUCUGACUUAGUGGUGCAGUCCCUGUAGCCAUGUUUUAAAUGCUGUUCUAGCCUAGAGGUGGACUGUGCGAGCUCACCGUGUACACUGAGUGAAAGGAAAUGCUGGUGUCUAUUUUUUUUUAAAUACCUGACUGUGUAUUUGUAACAUGUAAAGGUUUGGGGGGCGGGGAAACAAUGCUAGCAGCAGUGAAUGUAUACGAGGCGUCUCCUGAUGGUCCCUCCCUGUCUGUUUUUACAAGAUGGAACUUUGAACCCACCGGGAUUAAAUUUUUGUUUCUGUGAACGGGACACACUCGUGAGCCCUCCCACAAGCAGCUCCCCAUUCUGACGUCAGCGGGGAAGCACGUUUCCAAAGAGCAGGCCUCCAGAGCUCGGGUGCAUCCUUCACACUGACUGACUCGAGCUGCACCCGUCAACACACACAGCUCCUUCCUCUCCUGCUCGAAGCUCAUCCACCCCGCUCCCACCCUUCAGCUCCGUUUUUGGUAGACUUGUUUUGCCAGCAUUGUAUUCUGACCUCUUCUGGGAGGCCGUCUUUCCAAAUGCUCGCACCCGAACCUUUGAAGCCAGCUCUUUGGAGAACUCACAAACCUCAGGGGACAACUCUGGAAAUCCACACACAGCCCUGGAGAAAGAGAAAGGUUAAAGCCAGAAUGGCAGCACCGCGGGGACUCCAACGAACCAAUGGGUGGCUUCAGGAAAUGUAGGCAAAACGACCUCUCCUUUGGUCGUGACCUUUCUGUGUCUUUGAUGAGGCCCAGUGAGAUGGCACUCCAGGUCCGGUCUUGUGCGGCCCUCGGCACCCGCAAAGGUAGGCGUCUUCUUGGAUGCUUGCUUUCUCAUUUAUCAUCAAACAAUUAAAAAAAAAAAAAAAGCAGACUUUCUAAGCUAGAAAAAAUGAAAUGAAACCAUUUUCCACUUUGUAUAUAUUGCUGCUAAUAAAACAGAUGUA